ACCACUAUCAACCACUACCGCCCACUACCGCCCACUAUCAACCACCAUCAACCACCCUCCCAUGCCAAGGGCGGCGGGUAGAGCCAUUGUGUUACCUUGGCCUUUUAUGAGGGGCCAAGAAUACUUAAAUCGACAGCAAUGGUUCGCAUCAUCCCCUCUCGCCUGAAGUCAUAUACUAGCGGAGGAGGUUCAGGAACAGCAGCGCCAAACAACAGCAGCUCCGUCGCCAACAGCUGUGCUCCCGCCUCGUCCCAGAACUCCACCAUGCACAACAAAGGCGAAGCUAGUCCCGCCGGAGGACUGGCCAAUGGCCUCAUGCUGAGGAUCGUGGUGUUGAGGGGCAAGAACCUCGCCGCCAAGGACAAGAACGGUACUUCUGAUCCGUUCCUGGUUAUCUCGCUGGGCGAUACUAGAGAUACGACGCAGUAUGUGCCGAAGACUCUCAACCCCGAAUGGAACCACCUGUGCGACCUGCCCGUCUCCAGCAUCAAGGACCUCCUGCUCGACAUCGUGUGUUGGGACAAGGAUAGGUUCGGAAAGGACUAUAUGGGGGAGUUUGAGGUGGCAUUGGAGGAUAUAUUUGCUAAUGGCAAGGUUUCGCAAGAGGCGCAGUGGUAUCCGCUGAAGAGCAAACGGGGUGGCAGUAGGAGGAAGGAGAAGAAGGAUAGCAAUAUCUCCGGGGAGGUACAACUACAAUUCAAGCUAUACGACUCGUCGACCCCCGGGGCAUCACCGCCCCAGGUCAUGGAGAAGUUCUGGGCUAUUGCUGGGAUCGAGAACGAUAGCCUUACGCCCAACAAGUCAGGCAGUGACGAUGCCAGCCCUACCGGUGACGAGGAUGAGGAUGACGAAGACGAAGAGCGAAGCGGCUCGGCCGACGAGGUCGACGACCCUUCGAAGCCGGAAACGGUGGAGAAGAAGAGGAGGCGGAGGAGGAUAAGAGGACUGAAGAAACGGAAAGCCCACCAGUUAUACGAGUUUGUUGGAGCGAGUAGUGUGACUGGGAUCAUAUGCUUGGAAAUCUCAGGCGUUACUGACCUGCCCCCGGAACGGAACGUGACGAGGACGUCGUUUGACAUGGAUCCCUUCGUCGUUGCGUCGUUGGGUAGGAAGACUUACAGAACCCGAGUCGUCCGCCACAAGCUUAACCCCGUCUUUAACGAAAAGAUGAUAUUCCAGGUUCUCCGACACGAGCAGGCAUACUCGAUAUCCUUCUCGGUUGUCGACCGCGACAAGCUCUCCGGCAACGAUUUCAUAUGUGCGGCUAGCGUGCCGAUUCAAGAUAUCACAAGUACAGGUCCAAAGGCUGACCCGGACACCGGACUCUACGACCUGCCGGAACUGCCAGACUCUGGAUCAGUGCCAAAGCCGUCGAGCAAAUCAAGGUUCAAGAUAGCUCUGUCUCGGACGACUUCGUCACAGAGCCUGAAUAAGCAAGCAAUUCCACCGAGUGCCCUGGAGCAAACCGAUAGUACCGAGGAGAGAGGAGACCCCGACCUACAUACGUUCCACAUCCCGCUCAAGCUCAAGAACAUGGAGAAGUGGGAGGAAAAGCACAAGCCGGAAUUACAUCUCAAGGCGAAAUACCUACCAUAUACGGCUCUGAGACAGCAGUUCUGGCGAUCGAUGCUCAGACAAUACGACGUCGAUGAUAGUGGUAGCAUCAGCAAGGUCGAACUCACCACUAUGCUUGAUACGCUCGGCUCGACGCUUAAGGAGUCGACUAUUGAUAAGUUCUUCAAGAGGUUCCCUCACAUGCUAAAUGAUGAAGAGGGCAUGCUCUCUUACGACGAGGCAGUGAUUUGCUUGGAGGACCAACUCGAAAUGAAGAGCAAGCAGAGUCAAUCUGCAACUGACAAGGUUCGUGGCCAGAUCCAACAGCGCCUUGGACGAAGCGCUGCCUCGUCAAGUCUGUCAUUACCGGUAACGCAGGAAGAGUCAGAGGCAACACCCGCGGAAGAGGUCGAUGCUGCAGAACUUAGUAAUGCGGAGAUUGGCACACCCCUUGAAGAGGGCGAAUUCAGCAAUUCGUACGAUCUGUACGAUAAAGACGAAGAGCACGUCGUGGAGAUUAAGGAGUGCCCUAUUUGCCACCAACCUCGCCUUAACAGGCGGUCCGACGCCGAUAUUAUCACACAUAUUGCUACCUGUGCAAGCCAGGAUUGGCGACAGGUCAAUAAUAUUGUCAUGGCAGGCUUUGUCACAUCGAGCCAGGCCCAGCGGAAGUGGUACUCCAAGGUUAUCACCAAGAUCUCGUAUGGUGGGUAUAAACUAGGUGCGAAUUCCGCGAAUAUUCUAGUACAGGACCGUAUUACUGGACAUAUCAAUGAAGAGAGGAUGAGUAUAUAUGUACGGCUUGGGAUUCGACUGCUGUACAAAGGCCUAAAGUCAAGGGAAAUGGAGAAGAAGAGAAUUCGCAAGCUUCUGCGUGGUCUCAGCGUCAAGCAGGGCGUCAAAUACGACGACCCAGCUUCGAAGAACGAGAUCCCCAAGUUCAUCGCCUUCCACCAACUCGACAUGUCCGAGGUGCUCUACCCCAUCGAAGACUUCAAGAACUUCAACCAAUUCUUCUACCGCGAACUGAAGCCCAACGCGCGCCCCUGCUCCGCGCCCGACAAUCCGCGCAUCAUCGUCUCCCCCGCUGACUGCCGCUCCGUCGUCUUCAACCAAAUGGAUACCGCCACCAAGAUCUGGGUCAAGGGGCGCGAGUUCUCCAUCAAGCGCCUUCUUGGGAACGCAUACCCCGAAGACGUGGAGCGGUAUACCAAUGGAGCGCUGGGUAUCUUCCGCCUGGCGCCACAAGAUUACCAUCGCUUCCAUAUUCCCGUCGACGGCGUCAUGGGCACACCCAAGACUAUCGAGGGAGAGUACUAUACUGUCAACCCCAUGGCGAUCCGCUCGGCGCUCGAUGUCUACGGCGAGAACGUGCGUGUCGUUGUGCCUAUCGACUCUGUUGACCACGGCCGCGUCAUGGUCAUCUGCGUCGGUGCCAUGAUGGUGGGAAGCACGGUGAUCACACGGAAGAAGGGAGAGACGGUCAAGCGUGCCGAGGAGCUGGGAUACUUCAAGUUCGGUGGCAGCACGCUGCUCGUCCUCUUUGAGCCGAGCGCGAUGCGUUUCGAUGACGACCUCGUGGAUAAUUCCAACGGGGCUCUGGAGACACUGGUAUGUCCCCUUACUGUAAUACAGAGAAGAAACUAACAACGCCCCAGGUCCGCGUCGGUAUGUCCAUCGGCCACCACCCCCAACAAGACCAACACACCCCCGACAUGCGCAAGCCCGACGCCGAGAUCUCCGAAAAAGACCGCGCCGACGCACAGCGCCGCAUCGAGGG